ACCCCGCCCGUGUCGAAACUGGAAGUCAUGGCUGAUGAUCGGUGUGGCUCUUCCGAAAGCAUCCGGAAUUAUACUGCUGGUAUACCGUUACUGCUUGCCCGGCUGGCGAUGCCGCGCUGUUAGCCAGCCAAUGCGGAAGGGACGGCGUUCGUGCCACGUUUAGCUGAGUCUCGCACCUGUCCACCUCCGGUUCUCGCACCAUGUUCUGCCGCUGUCAGCAGGCCCUGCGGUGGAUGAAUCGACACUCUGAAUACAGCCUGCAGUUAUAACCUCUGCCUGCUUCUCCAGCGAGGCGGAGUUCCGAUCUGUCAGCCGACCGGGUCGACUUAUCGUGCUGCUCACAGCCUGCGAUAAUUUGGGCUGCUUCUCGUGACAAUGGUCUCCAGAUCGGGUGAGAUGCAAGCGCUCGAGUCGGACGCACCAGAGGGCUUGCUGGGGGGCAUGUCGCUGCCGCUGGGAAUGACCCGCCGGGGCCUGAGCUACGACGACGCCUUGGAAGCCCCCAUGUCGCCCCCACCGCCUGACAUCAACGUCAACAUCCUGUGGAAGCGGCCCGUCAUUCCAGAGAGGAAGUUCCAGCGUUUGGCAGAGGAAGACGAACCUGGAGGGUCCCUCACUCAGGGCUCCUGCUCGGACUCUGUCGCCUCUGGCGUCGCCUCCCAGCCUCCGGUGGUCAAGGCCAAAGCGUCCUCCAUCAUCAUGAACUCCCUCAUGACCAAGCAAACCCAGGAGAGCAUGCAGAGGUUCGAGAUGCAGGCCGGCCUCACGGACGCCGGGUACACACCCCACAAGGGGCUGGCGGCCGAGGAGGCCCGAUACCUCCGCAUGGCGGAGAGUCUACAUAAGCUGAAGAUUCAGGAGUCCAAGGAGGAGAGGCAGACGAGCUCUGCGCAGUCCACGCCGAACACCAGCCCACAGUCGUCCCCCAAGCCAAAGCGCAGGGGCUGGUUCAGCCAGGGUUCCAUUCCGCCAGAAUUUGUCAGCACUAAUUCCACCACCGUAGGUGGCAGCGGCAGCGAGGGAGGAGCCGUCGACCGAUGGAGUGUCUUCGGGCCGCGGCCUGCGGUCCACAAGUCCACCACUGACCCAGGUGGCUUUGCGCUCCAGGCUUACCGAGGAGCCCAGAAGCCCACAGCCAUGGAGGUGAUGAAGGCCCAGGCCACCCGCCUGGUCGAGGACCCCGCCAACCUGCAGCCCCCCAAGCUGGACAUCCCCGGCACGGAGGCCAGGAGGCAGCCCCCCCGCUCGCAUAACCUCAAGCCGCGCGACUUGAACGUGCUCACGCCCUCCGGCUUCUGAGCAUUCCGCGCCCCUCCGCCGCCGGUUAGCGUAGCGUCGCGUCGCCAUAGCGCCUGACAUGUCUGAUUCGUGCUCACGAAAUAAAGGCUGAUCCCAGUCGUCCCAGACAUCCUGUCUCUCUUGCGCCCCCAGCUGGAUCGAACCCUGAAAUACACCCAAAAUGUAAAUAAAGCUGUAUUCCCUCAACCAGAAUUUAUGGCACUAUAAUAGAAAAAAUGGACCGGCACCCCAUCCUUGGUUAUUCCCCGCCUUGCGGCCAUAGCUUCUGGGAUAGGCUCGGGACCCCCGUGAUCCAGCGUAGGACAAGGAGGUAUAGAAAAUGGAUGGAUAGAUGGGUGAUGGAUGAAAUAAAGGUUAAAAAUUAGAGAUGCAUAUAUGGGCUACUUUUCUCAGUUGUCCUGUUUUUUUUUUUUUUGUCCCUUAAUGGAGUUUUCUGUUAAUUACUAAUUUGUUUGAUGAUGAAAAUACAUAUCAAAAUCUGCCUAAUGUUUGGCUGUUCUCCCGCACUCGUAGUUGUGCUCAAGAGACAAUACCAAAGUAGCUCUGUGAUUUAAGAAGAAUAUCCCUUGCUGUGUAGUCCUGUUAUUUCAAUAACCAGAGAUCUGAUUUCUGUCAUCAGUGUAAUCAGUCCUUUGUCAUGGCUGUACAUUGUUCCAUAUUGUGUGUAUGAAUAUGUGUACCUUGCAUCAAACUUCUAGUAAAUUCAUUUUUUAUAUAUGUAUGUAAAUAUUUAUUAUUAGCUGUGACACAGCCAAACAUAACGUGUUAAAUUUCUUUUUUUUUUUUUAUGAAUUCUGAUGUAUCAGGUUUUCUGUAUUAACAAAGAUACAGCGUGCACUGUUACAGAAGUUUGGUUUUCAUUUUUAAACUUAUUCUAACAUGCUAUCAGGCUAUAAUCAAAGGAUGAAAAGGCAUUUUUAUAUUUGUGCUGUUCAACUGUAAGGAAACAUUGCUGUCUGGAAUUUGCUGUCAGGUCAACAAAUAAAUCACAGAAAUCUCUGUA